ACUUUGGCGUUCAAUCUGAAGCGAUCCUUUUGUCUCACAGAUCUUCAGAAUUUACUCUAGACAAAUUAUGGAAUUUAUUUCUAGUAUCAAACAUGUUUUGUUCUGAUUUUUUUAUUUUCAUGUUCAGGCCGAUAUCUGGCUGUUAGCAUUGCAACGUCUUUCGAUGAUGAGAAUUUACACAGACCUGUUCUGAAAACCUGAUUGUACUUUAGUAUUUCUGAUGAGAGACUUGCAACAACAAAAAAUAUUUAACCAAAAACGUGUUUCGAAAUGCUGCUUUCGCAGAACACGUGUCCGCAACUAGCCAGGUCACAUGAGAACCUACAUGAUUUAAUGGAUGGAUAGCUACGGCGGUUGUAACUAACAUUAGUGUUAACUUUUAAAAUGUUCUCCUUUCAAGAUGCCGACGACUCGAAUGUGCUGCUCGGAAAUGCAGGACAGAUACCAGGGAAGUCCAGAAGACUGACACGUCUGCAUUACCUGUGACAUGACUUCCUGACUUGAAGGGAUCUGAACAGAAUCCCCACUUGGAGUUCCAUUCUGGAAUAGGAAUGUAAUACCUGAUUCCAGACCACGAGACUGAUGUACUUUGUGAAAAUCCAGGGUUUGGGUGCUGUGGUCAGUGGAAUUGCAGCGUGGACUCCAACAUACUGUUGACUGUCCUGAAACAAGAUGGCUGUUCUGGGCUGCUUUUAAACCUCUACAGGAUCAGUGUCCUGAAAUCUGGACAGCUGCUGCUCAAUAUGUGACUAGAAAGGCAUUCUAAACAACAGCCAACUUUCCGGGACAUCGACAUGUCUUAUAUCGUCAAAGCUUAAAUAUUUGUUAAUCUAACCGCAGUAUCUAAUUUACAGUAGCUAUUCCAGCGGGACAAAAUACCAUGCUAUUGUUUGGGGAUAGUGCACAACAACAAAACGCUUAUCAAUGCAACUUGUUUGAUACAUUCACCUCUGACAUAUUGGCUACACAACACGUCAAUUAGCCUAAUGAAGGUAAGCCGUCGUUAGGCACCAAUGAGACCAGCGGUGUCCACUUGAUUGACAGUCUUGGUUCAAGGACCACAUAUCAUUUGAAAACAAUCUAGCUAGAUAGCCAAUGAGCUGGGCUUUCCAGCAGCAUGUAAACGCCUUUUGUACUACAAACAACCAUCAUGCUAGGGCUGUGGGCAACAGUGUUCAUUCUCUGGUGAAAGCAAACAGGACUCACGGUAGUUAAUGAUACGCAGCGGUUCGUUCUCUUCUACAAACUUUUGUCAAAACUAAAAAAAGAAAACAUGGCUACUACUAGUGGAAAAGCUACAUCCAAGUUUACACAUUUGGAUGAGAACAUUGCAGAAAUGGACUGGGAGAGUGACAUAGAACUGAUGGAUGAGGACUCCAUGAGUGAGUACAGUUUUGAUUCCAGUGAGGAAGAAAUGUUUUUGGAAGGAGAAGAUCCACUUUUAGAUCAAUGUAUAGACUCUGAUGACCUGUGGGAGCCACCUCCAAAGAAACCACAUUCAAGUCCAUCCCACACUGAUUCAAACAUAGGAAGUGGUUCCUCCAGUCUGACCCCUGCUGCUGUCUCUGGCUCCACACCCACCCGUCCAUCUAGAGGUGUUAUGAGUCCAGACCAGAAGCGGAGGAGGGCCAGUGUACCAGCGGCAACUUCAACCGAGGGAGAGGACCGUUGGCGCACUGUGCUAGAGGAUGAUGUGGAGCCACUUCCACCAAUAUUUAGACCUAAAAGGCAGCCAGGACCUCAGCUGGACAUGACUGGAAAGUACAGCCCCCUUCAUCUUUUCCAGCUGUUUUUCUCCUUGUCAGUUCUUCGUUUGCUUUUGUCUAACACCAACAAGUAUGGGGCUAAGAAGCAUGCAGGCAAGAAAAAGGCAUGGAAGCCCAUUUCCAUCGAAGAAUUAUACUGUUACAUCUCACUGGUCAUUUAUAUGGGCGUUGUGAAGUUGAAAACCCUGAAGGACUACUGGAGAAGCUCAAGACUCUACCAACUGCCUUUCCCCACAACUAUCAUGUCUUGUAAGAGGUUUAUGACUGUCUCGCGGGCGCUUCAUAUCAGUGACCCACAAGCUGACGACAACAAUGACAAGAAGAAGGGGACAGCAAGCUUUGAUAGGCUCUGCAAAAUCAAACCUCUCUACUCCAGCAUUGUUGAGGCCUGCAAGACCCAUUUUCAGCCUGCCCAGAACCUGUCCAUAGAUGAGAGAAUGGUAGCCUCAAAGGCCAGAAUUGGCAUCAAACAAUAUAUGCCUAACAAGCCAACAAGAUGGGGUUACAAACUGUUUGUUUUGGCAGAUUCUGCGUGUGCCUACACUUGGAAUUUCUUUGUUUAUGAGGGGAAGUCCAUCUCAGCCACCGGUAUGGGACUUGGUUAUGAUUCCGUAAUGAAAUUAUUGGAAUUUCCACUGCUGGGGAAGGGCUACAAACUGUUUGUGGAUAACUUUUACACAAGCCCUACUCUGUUUACAGACCUGAGGAAGCUGAAGGUAUGGUCUUGUGGAACCAUUCGUCCCAACGGAGUGGGUUUUCCCAAAACAAAAGUAAACGACAUGCCUAAGAGGGCUGAAAGGGGUACCAUGAGAUGGAUUCGUAAAGAUGACCUGCUCUUUGUAAAGUGGAUGGAUGCCAGAGAGGUGGUCAUGUGCUCCAGUAUCCACAAAUCGUACAGUGGCGAUCACAUCGGCAGGCGUGCGAAGGACGCUAAUGGGACAUGGACCAAGAAAGCUGUCCCCGUUCCAGCUGCUGUAAAGGAUUACAAUAAGAGCAUGGGAGGUGUGGACCUGUCUGAUGCUCUCAUAGGCUACUACAAUGUUCUCCACAAGACAAUGAAAUGGUACAAGACAUUGUUCUAUCACUUCAUCGACAUUGCUGUGGUGAAUGCAUUCAUCCUCCAGAAGGAAAUGGCUAGGAUCUGUGGAAAGACCCCCAUGACACAGCUAGCCUUCAGAGAGCUGCUCAUCCAGGAGCUUGCUGACUACGGCACAAAGUCCACUGCAGCACCUUCUGUCCCCUCUACCUCUGUCCCCUCUACCUCUGUCCCCUCUACCUCUGUCCCCUCUACCUCUGUCCCCUCUACCUCUGUCCUCUCUUCUCUUGCCUCCAGUGAUGUUCACCUUCCAAAAUACAUCACUGCAGACCUGAAUGUGCCUCAGGGCCAAAAGGGCUCAGCAUGGAGGCGUCGUUGUUCUGUGUGCAAAAUGAAAUCUCCCAUCACCUGCACUACUUGUGCUGUUACCCUCUGCUUUACAACAGAGAGAGACUGCUAUGGGUCUUGGCAUCAGCAGCUCAAUCUGGUGUAGAGGACUGUGGGUGUUCUAAAUACUGUAAUUGUAAAUAUGUUUUUUCUCCCUUUGUUUGUGGUGUGUACACUUCUGACAUUAGAGCAGCGUUGGCUGCUAACUUGGCCGUUUAUCUUAAAUACUUCACUUCUGUGUUUUGGGAGGCAUUGGAUCAGCGUUCUCGUCUUAUCUCCUGUUAGUAACUUUUAUAUAGGGAUGCUAAUGAUCCAUUCUGUAUGACAUUCCUGGGAGUGUGUAAACUUAGUUUUAUUAUUAAAGCAUUUUAGUAUCUUCUCUAUAGGUAUGUACUUUUAAAUGGACCAGUUUGGCCACUUGGGUACAUUUUGGGGAAACUCGUGAGGGAAACCUGGAAAACUUCAUACUAAAUAUUAUGUAGUUCUGUCAUUCUUGAAUGUAACUUUGCACACACAUUGUUACCCUGUUGUGGACAACAAAAAAUAUAGAAAAGCAAUGUUUUUUUUUUCUGUUAUCUUUUACUAUGGUGUUAUAUUGUCCUGCAUUAUUCUCAUCCCUCCACAAACUUCAAAGUGGUUCCUUUCAAAUAGUAUCAAGAAUCAGCAUAUCCUUUCUUCAGGUCCUGAGCUACAGGCAGUUAGAUUUGGGUAUGUUAUUUUAGGUGGAAAUUGAGAUGGAGCCUUAUCUAUGCAGGUAUGGAUCCAUCCAGUCUAAAUGGAUAUUUUAACACCAGUCUUUAAUAUGUCCUAGAAGUGGUAGUUCAAUGUGAAGUUUGAUUUCCUUUUUAAAUAUUAUUUUAUUAUGUACAAAACAUUUCUAUACAACAUUUUUUACUUGGCAGGUUUAGCUGUUUACAGUUUGUUUGCAGUUUGAGCUAUCCCUCUGCUGAACAUGAUGAAUAUUCUCUUUGGAAUCUCGUUCGUCUGAACUCCUGUUGAGAAAAGGAAUAGCUGACUUCAGCAGAGGGCUACGUAACCCUGUCAUAAAGGCUACAUAUGUUAUGUCUAACCCCCUCCUUGUGCCUGCCUGGUAUCUGGUCCCCACCCAGAGAUUAUCUUGAAGCUUUUGUCUUAGGUUUCCUCUGUAUGUGGCUGAACAGGGAGCCGUGAUGCCAACUAGACUGGUCCUGAUGGUGGUACCAGACUGGUCACUAGAAGAUGCCUGUUACUGAACUACCUCAAGUUUGUCCUUGUGGGUCUGCAGUCUUCAGGAAGGUCCUAACUGUUCCAACCUGGCCACUGGAGAACUGUUGCUGCACUACCUCAAGGUUUCUGCCCCCGGGUUGAGGUCCUAGUGUCUGCAAAGCUCUCCUGUUGUACACCGGCAAGCCCUCUUGCACUCCUGUUUGGUCAGCAAGGAAGUGGGACGUCUCGUUGGAACUGGGGAGAACCAGGCCAAGUCAAUUCAACCCUGUGACUGUUUUGAUGUAUAAAUAAAUCUACAAAUUAA